AUGGGUUGCAUUGUCUCCUGUAUCCAAGCUGUCUUCCACUCCAUCGGGGCUUGCCUCAUGGCCAUCGUCAAUACCAUCGGUGCUGUCUGCACCGCUAUCAUCAACGGUGUCGUGUCUGUUCUCGAUGCCAUCAUCUCCUGCAUUACCUGUGGUGGAUGCGGAGGAGGAAGACGACGUCGUCACAGGGCGACGGUAUGA